ACAGAUUUUUUUGGCACCCCGCGUCCUUUUCCUUCUCAGCAGCCACCUGCGUGUUUCCAAGAAACCCACUGUUAUACCGGCUUCAGUGAGGGAAUCAACAGCCAACCACAUUCUGCAAUUGGUUGUAACAGAGCCUUGCCGCCUUCCACCUCGUAUGUUCCCCGACCAGAUCCUUGCUUUCUGAGUACACCGCUGUCAACUGUUUAUAACAGUUCUGCAGUACAAUGCUCACCAUCCAACCCUGAACCCAAACCACUGUCCCAUUAUCCAGAACCUGCUGAUAGAUACACCAAUGACUCUUACCCACCCACCCCAUCUAUACCCUUGCAAUGUAUCUCCUCAAAUCUUCCGGUACAGGAUCAGGAUCUGCUAUUUCCAUCAGUAUCCUGCCCUAAACCUCCAUAUACUACAGUGACCAGUGAAACCACCAUCUUAAAUCAAGCUGCACCUCUGACUAUACAUGCAGAUAUCUACCCGCUGUACACUGAGCCUCCAACGCACAUUGACAAUCCUCAUAUGUUCCCUAUGCCAAAAGCUUGUGCAAGAGGUUCAGCCAGCAAAACUAGGAGGCCUUCUGUUGAAGGAGCAACAAGAUCUCUCUGUAACAUCAGUCAACACUGCAUUUCAGCAUCCAAACCAGACUCUUCUAUACAACUCCCAUCUUGUGGACCUAACGGACUGAGUAACACGACAGGCAGUAGGUCAGAAGCUAUGUCUUUUCCCGGCAUUUCUGUUCCACCCAUUCCAUCUCCCCACACACAAAGUGGCCUUGGUUUUCACUCUCCUCCUCCUGCAAUAUUCCUUAGUCCUGUUUUAUGUAGUUCAAGCAACAUCGCAGUUUCUGAUAGCACAAACUUGACGGUUCCUCCUCGGCUUCCGAAAACUGAAAGGCUUUCUCCAUCAUCAGUCUGUAGUGAUGAUCGCAAAGACACAUUAACUGUACCCUGUGCCCAAAAUUCUCUUAUCUGGAAUAAAAGUGACAGCAAAAAGGUUGAGAGCAGACGCAUAACACACAUCUCUGCUGAACAGAAGAGGCGCUGCAACAUUAAACUCGGGUUUGACACUUUGCACAAUCUGGUGACAAGUCUGCAUGGACAGCACAGUAACAAGCUUAGUAAGGCAACCACCUUGCAGAAGACAGCAGAAUACAUUUCUAAACUGCAGCAGGAGAGAGCCCAGCUACAGGAAGAAACCCAACGUCUACGUCACCAAGUACAGGAGCUAAGCGAUAGCAUCAACCUGUGCCAGCAGCAGCUACCAGCCUCGGGAGUUCCUGUCACACACCAGCAUUUCCAGCAUAUGCGACAAAUGUUUCAGGAUUAUGUCCAGAGCAGGACGCUGCAGAAUUGGAAGUUUUGGCUGUUCAGCCUUCUUAUCCGACCUCUUUUUGAUUCAUUUAAUCGUAUGGUGUCCACAGCGAGUAUGACAGAUCUCAGGGAGACAGCUCUGGAAUGGCUGGACCAACACUGCUCCCUGCCUGCCCUGAGGCCUACGGUGUUGAGCUCUUUAUGUCAGCUUAGCACCUCAACAUCCAUUUUGACUGACCCAUCCUUGAUGCCAGAGCAGGCAGUACAAGCAGUCACCCAAGAGGAGAGCAGAAAUAACUUCUACUAG